AUGUUGCACAUUUUCUACAAUAGUGUUUGUUAACACGUAUCUGCACAUUACAGGAUUUCACCUAUCAUAACUUACGACCACUAUUCUGCGAGUCAAUGUGUAUGAAACUUCGAGCCAGCUAGAUGAAUUAAUGGUAAUAUGUGUAAGAGUAGCCCGCAGUUUCUAAGCGCGACCCAUAAUACUUAUCUGACGGUAGUAAAGUCAUUGCAAGCGGUGCUACUGCAGUUUGCACCUAUUUUGCACGGCGCUGGCUUACGCAGCGUCGGAGCAACGACUAGUUGCGGAUUCCGAAUAAAGUGCGGACGCGGGAGCUGACGGUCGGAUCACGCGUUGUUUGCCUUCUCUUUUACCGGCGGAUUUUCAUCUAGCAAUAUAGUACUUAUAUUUACGUGCCACUACUGCCAGCCCAAUCUGGGCUGCUAGGCCAGUUUUUAUUUGGAUAUUAUUAUAGGCAUAUACACGAGUCUUCCUACCUUAUAUUUUCUACAUAUAUCCAAUCAGUUUUUGCUAAACGCAUACAACGCGAUCGUAACGUGCAGCAUAUACUUUCUUAAAUACUUCCACUUUUGCUACCGACGUUUUGUCACAUUAUUAUUAUUUAUUAUUCGCUUUCAUUGUUUAUCGCAUCGCAGUGAUAUUGUGAGGCUUAAAGAGUAAAAACCGAUUCUGUUACUGCUGUUGCUGCUGCUGCUGCUGCUAUUAAGUUGCAUAAUCAUGCGGCAUUUUUCUAACUCCAUGAUUUAUUCAAUGAAAUGAAAAAAUCACUGUGUAUCGCCACAUAUAAACGUGCAAUGAUGCGCUGAAUUUUUAUCAACAAAUUAAUAGAUUUUGACGCUUAGACAUUUAUAAAUUUACACUUACGCGCAGAAAUGGAAGAUAACGAACCUGAUGUACGAGAUAUUCUGAUUAAAACGGCUGUGAAGUUUUUGCGAAAUCCAAGAGUGUCUAAAACUCCUUUGGUACAACGUCAAGAAUUUUUGAGAAAAAAGGGUUUAACAGAAAAAGAAAUAAGUGUUGCAAUCAAUGAGGCUUCCAAAUCUCUUAAUACAGCUAGUUCACUCGAUGAUGGGCAGUUUUAUCAAGCCAUUAAUGCAUCUGGACAAAAUAUCACACAUGUUCAUUGGUUGUACAGGAUCAAAGAUAUAUUGAACAAUCUUAUUAUAUUUGCUGCUAGCUGCUAUUCUGUUCAUUGGUUUUAUAAAAAUGUAAUCAGUCCUUUGCUGUUUGGUAAAAAAGAUCCUCCAAAAGAUCCUUUGAUUGACUUAGAUAAAAAUAUUCAAAGUGUGCAGCAAAGUGUUAAUCAAGUUAAGAAUGAUGUUCAAUUGUUAACUCAAAGUCAGUCUGUAGAGUCAGUACCACAACUUGUUAGAGAGCUCAAGCAAGACAUGGUUAGCUUAAAAGCUCUUCUACUUUCCAGAAAACAGUUCCCAAGUGCACCACCUUCUAUACCAGCUUGGCAAUUAGAAAAUCCAAAUCAAGGAGCAGAGAAAAAUACAGAGCGAGAAGAUGAUGCUGGCAGCGGCAGCAGUACCAACAAUUCUGACAGUUCUUUAGAAAUGAUACGUGAAGAACCCAAAGAUUAAGUUUUUCUCCAAUUGAUAUUUACGUAAUAAUAUAACAAUUUUUUCUACUUUAUAUCAUCAUAAGAACUUACAUUAGUAACUCCAUGAUAAUUUAAAUGCCAGAGAAAAAAAUUAAAGGGAUUAAGGAGUGACUUGUUUUUUAGUUUUGAAAUAUUUUAUAUGUGUGCAAUGGGUAUGUUGAAAAAUGUAUGAGUGAAUAUAAGAGAUUAUGUUAUUCAAUGUUGGACAAUGUUUUUAUUAAUAUUUAUAUUACUUUGUAUUGACUGCAUAUCCGUUUGAUAUGGAGAAGAAACAUGUUUCAAUGCUUUGAGAUUUGAUAUUAAAAGGUGAAACAACUGAAAAAUACAGAACAAUAAAAAAAGAAUUUAAAAUUGA